AUGUUCAACGAUCGAUCCGUGCCUGACAUGCAGGUUCGGCAGCUGGUUCGGGGUACGGGAAGCGAGGCGACCGCUAGCGCGUGGAACGGAUCGCGAACGCGAUGGGCGGCCGGCACGGCGGACGGCGCGCUGCAGAUCUGGGAGCGCUGCGACGACGGCGCGGAGCGCGGACCGCUGAGCCUUUCCGCGAGCUGGCAGCUGGGGGGAAGCGGCGGAGGGGAAAAAACAGUGACCCUCCCGUCCCCUCUCCCUCCCGCCUUUCCCCAUACCCCACUUCCCCCCAGCAGCAGCAGCGCACGUGGUUUGGGCGCCACAGGAGUUCGGGGGAAAGCUGGCUGUGGCGUGCAGGGGGGGUGCACGUGGGGUGGGCGUGUAGCAUUUGGGCAACAAAGCCCUCUACCCGCGGCUCGCCCUCCUUUUCCCUUCCUCCUUCUCCCCCGCUUGCCCCCAGCAGCAGCAGCGCACGUGGUGUGGGCGCCACAGGAGUUGAUUUUUGAGUCGACUCAAAAAUCAACUCGUGGUGUGGGCGCCACAGGAGUUCGGGGGAAAGCUGGCUGUGGCGUAAAGGGGGAAUGCACCUUCUGUGGGCCCUGCAGCAGCUUGGAAUCAAUGCCCUCUUCCCGCCCUUUCCCUUUUCACCCUUCCCCACUUGCCCCAGCAGCAGCAGCAGCAGCGCAUGUGGUGUGGGCGCCGCAGGAGUUCGGGGGAAAGGUGGCUGUGGCGUGCAGGGGGAGCAGCCGCGUGCACAUCUGGGGGGAGGUUGGGGGCGCGGGGGACGGGGAGGAUGGGCGGAACAGGGCCAGGGGGGGAAACGGGGGGGAUGGGGGGAGUGGAGGGAGUGGGGGCGGCAGGGAAGAGCGGAAUGGGGAGGAGAGGAAUAGAGAAGGCGGGCAAGACACUGAAAUGGGAGGAGGAGGAGGGGGCGGAAGGGGAGGAGGGGGCGGAAGGGGAGGAGGGGCCGAAGCUGACCAAUCAGGAGCAGGUGGAGGUACCCGGUGGCGGCAGGUGGCAGUGGUGGAUGUGGGAAACAUGCUGCUGAAUUCUCUGAAUGGGGCUGCUACUAAUGGUAGUGCUGCUGCAGCUGCUCCCAGUGCUGCUGCUGCUGUGUUGGCUCUGGCGUUUGCACGCAGCACUUUCACCGACCCUCUGCUGCUGGUGGCAGUGACAUCGGAAGGGAGAAUGGUGGUGCAUCGCUGCAACGACUGCCUCGCCCUCUCUCAUUGGUUGCUUGAGGCUGACGUGGCACUGUUUCCAUACGCUGACGUCAGCAUGGGCAAGGAGCUGCUGUCACGUGCGAUCAUAGCCGUCCAUCCGUCCACGCGUGCGUUCGGCCAAUCACCAGCUGUAGCCAUUGCCACGUGUGCAGCAGCAGGCAGCAGCAGCAGCAAGGGUGUCAGCAACACUGCUAAGGUGUGGGUGCGCAGUGAUCGCUACAUGCACUGGCAUGCCAUAGCAGACCUCCUACCAGCCGCCUCUGCUACCACAGCGGCCAAUCAAUCGUUGCCACCUGUCACGAGCAUCGCUUGGGCGCCCACCCUAGACAGGCAUGCCUCUCCUUGCCCUGUACGACUGUAG